GCAGCUGCUGUGGGACUUAGCAGUAAAAGAGAGCAAAGUUGGAGUGAGUUGACUUUCACAAUGGAUUGGAUUUAUGUGCUAGAUGUUGAGACGAAGUGUUCAGCAGUCCCCGGGGACCCUGAGUGAUUUAUUGAUCAGUCUGAUGUGUCAAAAGUUGGACCUGAUUGAAACUGAAAGUGAAACAUGAAAGCACAGGGAAUUUUAAAGAUGCGAGAAAGAGAUGAGAGAGCAAGACCGUCACCUCGUGCACGACUAUAAUGCUGAACACUAGGAUACGCUACUCCGCCGCGGGACUGUCAUCCGCUCCUAUUACGAAGAAACACAACAGGAGACCUGCGCAAACCGUUGCAACCAGAGAGAGAGACGAGAUUAAGGAAGGAGCGAACAAGCGUAAGAGGGAAGGGAUGAUGGGAAGUCAGGAGUCGGUGGUGUUGCCAUGUACCCGUUUGAUGCCUCGCAUCAGGUGUCGGAGGUUGACCGCCUCCGAUGUUGGGUCUGGCAGACCAUGCUCAAGUGUGUGAGAUAUGUGGC